AUGUGUGACGCUCCUGCUUCUCGCAGUCUUCUGAUGCUGUAUGCGGGUACCCCCGCCUCCGAGACGACAACUACGGUCGUUGUCCAGGUGGACGUGAAGAAGGGUGACGCCGGCAACAGCAGCGGUAGCCUGCUGGAUGUCUCACAGCAUCCGGAUUGGCCCAAUAUGGAGAAAGCCCUCGAGGCGACCAUACUAAAGAAGAUGGAGGACGUUGGGAUCACCUCUUUCUUGCACGGUGCUUCGGUCGACGACAUGAGGCACGCCAGGAACAAAUACCUCUACCUGGCCAUUGUGCACGCUAGCUUUCUCGGCAGUCGCUGCAGGUCGGAAGAUGUUGGCACAAUCUCUCUGCUGGGGCAGAAGAUCGAGAGGCUUGAGGCGGAGAAGAAGGAUCUACGUGUCAAGCUUGAGGCCCUUGCCAAAGAAAAGGAGGAGAUGACGGUGUCCGCAGCAAACUGCGCCGCCGGCAAGGAGAACGACGAGGCGCUGGAGCGGGCCAACACGCGGAUCGCGGAGCUGGAGCGGCAGCUGCAGGACAAGAAGGCCUUCGCGGACAGCCCGCUUUCGGAGGUCGCCAACGCCGACGCACAUCUCAAGGCCUGCAGCCUGAUGUGUUUACACACAGUCACACACACGCUCCUCUACACAUUUGCUUCCAAAAAGAAGCAUGCAUGGCUGUAUCCUGGCCAGUUGGCUUAUGAAACAUCUUAUAGAAGCAUGGCACAAUGUCACUGCUAA